CGCCUCUGCUUGGAGACACCAGAGGUUGCAAUGAGGGGCGUGUCGCUUGUUGUCUAGUAGACUGCUCAUUACCGAGACCUGGCGGUCUUCCUCAACUUUGCUUUGACAUGGAACCCUUCUCUAGCGAGCACGUGUGUCUCCGCCGAGGGUUUGCAGUUUAGUGCUUUUUCAUUCUUUUUGGAAAGAAUACUUAAUGCCCUUUUGCACAAUUUGCAGGUACUAUGCGAAAGUCUACCAGGGAGUAGUUGUUGGCAGUGACCUUGUGGACUGGUUGCUGGAGAAGGGGUUGGUGAGAACUCGGGAAGACGCAACACAGUACGGCCAGAGUCUACUUCUUGGAAGGGUCUUGACCCAUGUCACACACGAACACUACUUCUAUGAUGAUAACUAUUUUUAUCGUUUCACUGUGUAGGUUAAAAGUGUUUAUGGCCAUGAUGAGAAUAGUGCA